AUGGCUCAUCAGGAGCUUCCAAUGAGCCAUGAAGCAGCCCCUCACCUAACCCAUUGGCUGCCACCUCCACCAUCCUUUUAUAAAGUAAAUUGCGAUGGUGCAACAUUUCAAGACUCGGUCUCGGCAGGGUUGGGAGUGGUGGUACGAGAUUCUUAUGGAAGGGUCAUCGCAGCUCUAUCGGAACGCAUCACCCUGCCUCCAACAGUAGAAGACUUGAAAGCUUUGGACAGCAGGAAGGCCGUCUCUUUUGCCAUUGAUUUAGACCUCCGGGACGUUGUGUUCAAGGGCGACUCAGAGGUUAUCAUCAAACACCUCAGUUCUGAUCAACCAAGUAUGGCUGCCUUUGGCCACAUAGUUGAUGACGCACGCUCCCUAGCAGCAAUGUUGAGGAGAUUUUCUUUUUCACACCUCAAGCACGGUUAA